UAAAUGUGAAACUCUGGGCCAUUGAUCGACAAUGUUUUCAAACAAUCAUGAUGAGGACAGGACUCAUCAAGCAUACCGAGUAUAUGGAAUUUUUAAAAAGUGUCCCAACAUUCCAGAGCCUUCCUGAAGAGAUCCUCAGUAAGCUUGCCGAUGUCCUUGAAGAGACUCACUAUGAGAAUGGGGAAUAUAUCAUCAGACAAGGUGCAAGAGGGGACACCUUCUUUAUCAUCAGCAAAGGAACGGUAAAUGUCACUCGGGAAGACUCACCCAGUGAAGACCCGGUCUUUCUUCGAACUUUAGGGAAAGGAGAUUGGUUUGGAGAGAAAGCCUUGCAGGGGGAGGAUGUGAGGACAGCAAACGUGAUUGCCGCAGAGGCUGUGACCUGCCUUGUCAUCGACAGAGACUCUUUCAAGCAUUUGAUUGGAGGACUGGAUGAUGUUUCCAAUAAAGCGUAUGAGGAUGCAGAAGCUAAAGCAAAAUACGAAGCCGAAGCUGCUUUCUUCGCCAACCUGAAGCUGUCUGACUUCAACAUCAUCGACACCCUCGGAGUCGGAGGCUUCGGACGAGUGGAGCUGGUCCAGUUGAAAAGUGAAGAGUCCAAAACCUUUGCCAUGAAGAUUCUCAAGAAACGCCACAUUGUGGAUACGAGACAGCAGGAGCAUAUCCGCUCAGAGAAGCAGAUCAUGCAGGGGGCGCAUUCUGACUUCAUAGUGAGAUUGUACAGAACGUUUAAGGACAGCAAAUAUUUGUACAUGUUGAUGGAAGUGUGCCUGGGUGGAGAGCUCUGGACCAUUCUCAGGGAUAGAGGUUCAUUUGAAGAUUCUACAACCAGAUUUUACACAGCAUGCGUGGUGGAAGCGUUCGCCUAUCUGCAUUCCAAAGGAAUCAUUUAUAGGGACCUCAAGCCAGAAAAUCUCAUCCUGGAUCACAGAGGCUACACCAAGCUGGUUGAUUUUGGCUUUGCAAAGAAAAUAGGAUUUGGAAAGAAAACAUGGACUUUUUGUGGGACUCCAGAGUACGUAGCUCCAGAGAUCAUCCUGAACAAAGGCCAUGACAUUUCCGCCGACUACUGGUCACUAGGAAUCCUAAUGUAUGAACUUCUGACUGGCAGCCCACCUUUCUCAGGCCCAGAUCCUAUGAAAACCUAUAACAUCAUACUGAGGGGGAUUGACAUGAUAGAAUUUCCAAAGAAGAUCGCCAAAAAUGCUGCUAAUUUAAUUAAAAAACUAUGCAGGGAUAACCCAUCAGAAAGAUUGGGAAAUUUGAAAAAUGGCGUGAAAGACAUUCAGAAGCACAAAUGGUUUGAGGGCUUUAAUUGGGAAGGCUUAAGAAAAGGCACCUUGACACCUCCUAUAAUACCAAGUGUUGCAUCACCCACAGACACAAGCAAUUUCGACAGUUUCCCUGAGGACAAUGACGAACCGCCACCUGACGACAACUCGGGAUGGGACAUAGACUUCUAAUGUAUUUCUCUUACCUGCUUCUGCCUUGCUGAAGUCAGCUUUUUCUGAGACACAGCUGCCAGCAAACCUGAGGGACGGAGAGAAGAUUAGUGCUCGGGGUCACCAUGAUGCCUUUGAUCGAUGCUGCUCCGGUAACUGCAGUGGCAUUAGGACAACAGUGCUCUAUACAUGUUUUCUGUUUGAUCCUAAAAAUAGCAGUUGACAUGGUGGUCCUGAAGCAAAGCCUUUCACACCAGUCAAGAGGUGUCUUCUAGUGUUGGAAUGAUCUUGCUUUGCUCUAUAAUUUGAAAGACUGCCAGAAACACUUCAGUCUAGUAAAAGCGUCUGCACCUUGCUAGAAUUAUCAAGAAGAUCAAAAAAAUUAAAUAUUGGGUACGAUAGAUGACGGUGGUACAAAAACUGGGAGCUUCCUUUCCUUUUCCCGUGAGGGCAUAGGAUACAUUCAGAUACAUUCGCGCAAGCCGGAAGAGGGCCACGCAUCUGUUGGUCACAGAGGUCAUGGCAAACCAGUGCUAGAAGUUUCAUGAUUUAAUUUCCCAGCAGUGCUGAUGACGAGACUGAAUGUUACCUUUCCUUUCCGACAGAUUUUAAAAAUUGAUACGAUAAAAGCACAACUGCUAUAGGUUCUGCUGAGAACUCUCAUAGCAGGUAUAUAUGCGUUUUCACAGGAUUGAAAAACAAAACAACAUGCAUGAUAUUUGUUUCUUUUCUCGAUAAAUUGGCAUGACAGAGUGGGGAAAAAAACAAAAAGCAACUCACAAACCAUUUCAUAUCUUUUAAAAUGUUGUGCUUCAAGAUGGUCCUGGAAAUAAAUGACUAGCAGCCAAUUGAUUUUUAUUUAUUACUUAACAAGCCCUCAGACUGAGGCUUAAAAUAGUCCCUUUUAUAAAAAGAAACCCUUGCGGGGUGGGGGCAGGGUGGGGUGGAGAGGGACUAAGAUCCAUCCAAAAAUAAAAAUAAGAAACUAUAUAGGUGCUAUGUAUAUCUAUCUUUCAUCUGUAAAUGUCCGUGUCUGAGCAGACAACACAAAUUCUACUCAUCACCUGUGUAGCCAGAGACUCAAGCAUUCUUCACUACAUUUACCAACCAAACUCCUGUCCGAUUUCACUUACACAACAUAGCCAAGGGUUGAGGGGGAAAGGUGAUUAAAACCCAUUCAGCUGGCUUCUUGUCUUAGGCCUGAACCA